CAGAAUCCGGCACUCAUUCGCGGAGCAGAGACAGCGGGUCAGUCCGGGCGGUCCCGGGCUCUCUCACCGGGAACAGGAGCUCAGUCCGGGCAGUCCCGAGCUUUCUCACCGGGGAUAGGGGCUCAGUCCGGGCGGUCCUGGGCUCUCUCACCGGGGACAGGGGCACAGCCGGGCCGGUCCCGGACUCGCUUUCUGGGGCAGGGCUCCCCUCCAGGGGAUGGCACGGCGGCGCGGUGAGUCGAGCAGCCCGGGUACAGAGCGUAGCCUGGAGGCGAGCAGCCGGGAGAUGAGUGAGCCGUGGAAAGGGGCUCUGGGCUGUGUGGGGGUGGCCCUGCUCUUUCUCAUGACCAUCGGGGUACUGUACUGGCAAGUGGCCGAACGGCCAGAGCCUGCCUGGCUGAUGAAGGGCCAGCUCAGCGGGCUGCUGUGGCACAGCAAGAAGUCAGCGCUGGCCCUUCGCUCCGUGCUCGGGGAGCAGCCUUUCGCCCUUAUCCAGCCCCGGCACCUGCCACUUUCCGGACACACGCUCCUUACCAACCAUUGCUGGUUCAACCAGAGCCGCCUGUGCUCCAGCUGGGACGGCGUGAGUGAGCUGCAGAUCCUGCUAGAACCCAUCAACCAGAGCCUGGCCGAAUGUUACCGAGUGGAAUGGACCCCUAGACACUGCCAAGUGGCCCUCAAGGACUGUUUCUCCAUGGACAAUGUGUCAUGGUAUGGAGGAGGAAGCAUGCAUUCUCAGUACUGGCCCAUUAACAAUGCUGACAUUGACUCCCAACCUUUCAUCAUCAGCAACCUACAGGACACGCCCACAGGCUACGGAUCAGUGUUGGAGCGGUAUUUCCUUGGAUCAACAGGCGUGGCGGUGCAAGUUCAGCCAGAAGUCCCAGUACACAUUGGGAUUGAGAGCGAGAAGUGGCUGUGCCUGGGGAUUCCACCCAGUGCUGAGAUGGUACCUCUGAGGUACACCGUGUGUGUCAGUGACAGCCUCACAGCAGUCCACCAGCAAGUUGGAAGAAUGACCCCUGCAGCUCUCCCAGACACUGGCGUCUUACAGUUUCCAUUCUGGAGAUUACAGAAAGCUGCUGAUAUUGUUCCAAAACUCGAGCACAACCUCAGAUCAUUGUCCAACAAACUGAAGCAGCAUCAGCUGGGAGACGGUGUCCUCGAUCUCACUGAGCAACACACACAGCUACUAUUUGCAGAGGAACACAGUGCACCUGACAGCCCAGGGAAGACUCGCAUUCCAAACAGCAGAUACCCAAACUUGCAUCAGCUGAGACUGUGCAUCACACUCUCCCCCUACAUCAGCAUUGACUCCAACCAGUUCCGGACAAUCCUACAACGAGGGAGGGAACAUUUCUGGAUCAGCCUUCCAGCAACAACACAUUCACCUCAGGUCCCUUUCGUGAUGAAGUGGAGGGGAAAGUUUGUCGUCAAGUUGAAUCUCAGUAAUGAGGAAGCACGUGACUGGUUUGUGGCCCAGGCCCACAGGCUUCACAGAAGGUUAGAAGUCAAAUACAUCACUCUGGAAGGAGGAGAGGGAAGGCCCAAUAUCGAAUGGUUUCAGCAUCAUUCUGGGCAAUUCAGCAGUGAUGAAUACAUCACCCAGUUCACACUGCUGGCUGAGGAGCUGGGAAAUACAACCAUUAUAUCAACUGCUACACAGACCGCUCACAUCCCUGUCUUUGUUCGGAUGGCUCCUCGCCAGUCAGACUGGAGUUAUGCAGGACUGAGGGGGCUCAUUCCCACUGUUCUUCACUACAGCUUGCUAGGAUACAGUUUCUUCAUUCCGGAUGCUGUAGGAGGCUCGCUGACAAAAGGAUUCCUUGCGGAUGAGGAACUAUUUAUUCGUUGGUUGCAGAUUGUGACCUUCUUACCAGUAAUGUCAUUCAGUACCCCGCCCUGGGUCUUUGGUGAGAACUGGAUUGUGAAUGUGACCCAGAUGUGCAUACAAAGACACCAGAGCUUUGUGGUGCCACUCAUUAUAAAACAGGCUGCAGAGCUGGCAUCCCUCGGGCACCCUGUGUUUCGACCACUCUGGUGGGUCAGUCCAGGUGACCCAAAGACAUUGACUGUUGAUGACGAGUUUCUGAUUGGAGAUGAGGUACUGGUGGCACCAGUGACGGCACCAGGCAGAGUUCACAGAGACAUCUACCUGCCAGGAAGCAGUUACCAGUGGAAGGAUAUGAACACUGCACAGGUAUUUGAUGGUGGUACCCUCCUGCAGGAUUACCCAGUACCCCUGACCAAUGUGCCAGUUUUUAUCAGGCAGGACUCUUAGAGACAGCACAUGGUAUCCUAGGUCCCUGAAGAGACCAAAACCGUUCCGAAUUCCUGGAGAAGCAGAUUCCUUCCUGACCAGAGGAUGACUGUCUACUGAAUGUCAGCACAUGUUUGAGAAAAGGCACCAGCCUGUCAGCUCCGUGGCAAGGAAGCUCAUAAAUAUUGACUCUUCUGUCUAUCGAUGUAACUCACAUUGCCAAGAGGUUAACAGUGCCAGCACAAUGCACCUUGCGAGUAAAAAUGAACUGCCUCCUGACCAACCAAUCGAUAGGGUGUUCUUCAGGCACUACAGACUUAGCUUGAAGCUCUUAUCCCCUGAUUUAGGGUCUAGGCAUAUUGCCACAGGUCAGGGAUCGGAUCAAGCCAGAUUUCACUACCUUUAUCAUAGCCAUCAGCCGUUUACGUGUCACAGCCUUACAGAUUACUUUAACACAUUGAUAUGAGAGUUUAAAUGGUCACCAAGUUGAUCCCCAACACACUCCCAGGACAGGGUUAGAUACAGAUUAAAGUUGACUCUACACUAACCCCAUCAAACACUCCCAGGAGUGGAACAACAUGGGGUUAGAUACAGAAUAAAAAUCUUUCCCAAUCAAACAGUCUCCAGACAGGGACAGGACGGGGUUAGAUACAGAGGGAAAACUCCCUCUGUGGUACAACACACAGCAUGCUUUUUAUGUGAAGAUUGAUUUAUAAUGAAGUAGAAAUUGUGCCUUUAACUGUCAGUCAACGCAAUUACAAUCUUUUUAAAGAGUAAUUAAAAUCUGUUUCCAUUUAUAGAUGUGUCUUGAAAACAAAUUGCUCAAUCUUUUCUGCAAGUUGUAUAGAUCUUCAUGUAUCAAGUCACGUGCCACGUC